AUGCGGCGUUAUUUUUGUUGCUUAGUGCCCGAUUCGGAGAUCGGCACGAGCGGCGCGCGGGCGGGAGCGGUCGUCGCCACUUUCAGGGAUCUGAGCUUUGAAACGCCAGUGCGGCCCUGUUUCCGCGGGCCGGCGGGAGAGGCGCGGGAGGCGGGGCGGCGCGAGAGCAGGGCCCGCGGCGGCCCGGCGACCAGUGCAGUGAGCGGCGCGCAGGGCCCAUACCGCGCCAUGGCUCUACGCGCUUUGUUCGUGGCCGCGCUCUUCGCCGGCGGCGGCGCCGUCUACAAUCGGGAGCGAGAUCGACUGCGCGCCGACCCCAGACUACUCGACCGCGCCUGCGAGCUCAGCUCCUGCUACCCCGCCACGGGGAACCUCCUAAUCGGACGCGAGUCUCGGCUCUCGGCGACUUCGACGUGCGGCCUCAAUCGACGCGAGCGCUACUGCAUCGUUUCGUAUCUUGACGACCGGCUCAGGAAGGAGCGCGAGACUUGCUUCACCUGCGACUCCACUAACAAGACGAUACACAAGCCCGACGAGAACCAUCGGAUACAGAACAUCAUUUACAAGUUUUACCCUGGCACUAGAUACCGGUCGUGGUGGCAGUCCGAAAAUGGAAAGGAGAACGUUACGAUUAGACUGGACAUGGAGGCGGAAUUUCAUCUCACGCAUUUAAUCAUACAGUUCAAAACCUUCCGACCAGCUGCGAUCAAUGUGAUUGUAAUGGUCAUGCGGUUGAAUGUGAUGAUAAGACCGGCGCUUGCAAGGAAUGUAGAGAUUAUUCGGAAGGGCACCGUUGUGAAAGAUGUAUCGACGGGUAUUAUGGCGAUCCAAGACUUGGUGUUGACAUUCCGUGCCGACCGUGCCCUUGUCCAGGAAGCUAAUUUAGAGGGUGCUUUAAAUUUGACUCGUGAAGCAAAACAAAGAGCUUCCCAAGCAGCUGAUGAUGCGGAAAGUGUGCAAACAGUUAUAGCAGAUACUGAUAGACAAAUUAAAAACACCGACCGGUUAAUUGAGCUCCAAUAUUCCAACUUUAACAAUACCCAAAACGAAAAUGACAAAAAACUUGAUGAUUUACAAGAACAACUGGCACAACUGCAGUCACAAAUACCGAAAAUUAAUGAAAAAAUGUGUGGUCAAGAGAGUGAUACUUGUGAUAUCUGUGGGGGAGCAGGGUGUGGAAAAUGUGGUGGAAUAUCAUGCGAUCAAGGAGCUAUUACCAAAGCUGAACAAGCUCUUGAUUUCGCAAAUAAAACAGAACACAGAAUUAAGGAUCAUGAACUUACGGCUGAAGAUUUGUUUAAAUCGAUAUCACAAGUAAAGCAAGAUACUGUAGCAGUUCGAUCUCGAUCUAAGGAUUUAUUAAAUAGAGCUAAAGAUUUUAAGUCAUCCGCUGAAAGGGUAACUAACGAAAGCCAGGAACUAUCAGUGGAGUUAAAAGAAUUCCUAUCUAACACCUCUAAUACGCCGGCAGAUGUUAGGACCUUGGCUAAUGACAUAUUGAAUUUAUCUAUACGAAUAGAACCGAAAGAAAUUACAGAAUUAUCUCAGCGUAUCAAUUCCACUGUUUCACAACUAACGAAUAUUGAAAACAUUAUAACAGAAACAAAACCAGACUUAGAGCGAGCCAAAGCCCUUAAACAAAAUGCUACUGCCGUUAGUAAUGAAGCCAAUUUGACUCUCGAAAUGGCUAAUAAAGUUUUAGAAGCUUUAGACGAGGCUCAGGCAGCACAAGACGCAGCCGAAAAUGCAAUUGAUAAAGCUAAUAGCGAUAUAGAAGCAGCCAAAAGCGACUUGGUACCGAUAGCUUUCGAAACCGAACAGGCACAGAAAAAGGCUAAUGAAACUAUGGAUGAAGUUGAGGGUCUUCGCCUGCGUCUUUCGGAUUUGCAGAAAAAUAUUUUAAAGAUCGAAAGUGACGCUGAACAGGUUAAACAGGAGGCUAACGAUGUCGUUAAUCGCGCCGAAGGUGCGGAGCAAAAUGCCAGGCGACUCAGACAAGAUUUCAAGCAAACUAAUAUGUGGCUGUACUUGGAGCCAAUUCUGUGCAAUGAUGACGGUGAGCUCGGUGUUAAGUUUCGUAAGGUGGACCAGGGCUUCAGACAAGUCGCCCGUAUAUUGGAAUCAGAUCCGCGCGUAUCGGCACUGCUGCAAUCUGCGAGGCUCUCGUCAACCCUAGAUUCUAUAUCGGAACAACUUAACGCCUGUCAAUCAGCUCUAAACCAAUAUAUAGAUAAAAAGCGUUUAGUUUUCCCGCGGCUCUAUUUCCUGAGUGACGAUGACCUGCUAGAAUUGCUUGGACAGGCCACUGCUGGCGCUGGAGGCAGGGAGGCGGUCAUGCAAUCGCAUCUUAAAAAACUCUUUCCGGGUAUAACCGGCGUGCGGCUUGGGCCCUCGGGAUUAUCUAUAACAGCUCUUUGCAGCCGCCACGAGGAAACUUUCCAACUUGAACAUCCGGUUGACGUAGACUGCUCCGUAGAACUGUGGUUGAAGAACCUCGAGGCGGAGAUACGUUCGUCCUUAAAGAGUCUGGCGCUGAAGUGCAUACUGAACAGAGACUUGUACAGCCAGGAUCCGUUUUCGCUGCCGACGCAAAUUCUAUGUUUGGCGCAAAACAUCCGCUUCACCAAGCAAGCGGAAAGGGCUAUAGCGUCUAAAGAGCUGCACAAACUGAUGGCGAACGUGGAAAGAGAAAACGUGGAGUAUUCAUCCGCGGAGGCCGAUAACGAGGGGGAGAGACAAAAGCGGCAAGCUCUUAUAUUGCAGUGCUCACAUUACACUUCCGUCGUGCAGACGCUGAUAGACAACAAUGUUACGUCGACCGACGACUGGCUCUGGCAGAAGCAACUCAGAUUCUACUUACUCGAGGCGAAAGAAAUAGUCGCGGAAAUGGGCCUGGCUCGAAUUUCGUACUCUUACGAAUAUCUAGGCGUCGACACGGGACAGUUUGUGCGCACGGAACUCGCUGACGAGUGUUUUUUAAUCCUGACCCAGGCUUUGCAUCUAGGUUCAAUGGGUAACCCAUUUGGCCCCGCCGGCACUGGAAAGACCGAGUCGGUAAAAGCACUAGGCGGCUUGGUGGGCCGUCUUGUACUGGUUUUCAAUUGUGACGAGGCGAUGGACGCUGAAUGCAUGGGCCGCCUUCUGACCGGUCUCGCCCUCUCUGGCGCGUGGGGCUGCUUCGACGAGUUCAACCGUCUCUCGAGUGACACGCUCGCCGCCGUGUCGCACCAGCUCACUUCGCUCCUCGCCGCAAUCGGACGCACGCCCGGCACGGAAGCUGACGCGCUGCUAAAUGGAAAACAUGUGCACGUGUCGGAGUGGUGCGGCGUGGCGGCCACCAUGAACCCCAUUGGGCGCGGCUACGGGGGCAGGCGCGCCCUGCCCGCGGCCCUCUCGCGCCUGCUGCGGCCCGUGUGCAUGGCGCAGCCGCGCGGCGGCCCGCUGGCGCGCCACCUGCUCGCCGCGCACUGCCUCGCCGAGCCCCGAGCGCGCGCCGAUGACCUGCACAACGUGUUCGCCAUGGCCAGCAUGCUGCUGAGUGGCCAGCGCCACUACGACUGGGGCCUGCGAGCGCUGAAGGCGGCAAUCGGCAGCUGCGGCGCGGCCCUCGCCCCCAUGCGAGGGCAACCCGAGCAGAGCCAGAGGGCCGCUCUGCGCCGCCUCCUGCGCCUCAACAACCGCUCGAAACUCACCGAGCACGACGCCCACAGAUUUGAAAAUAUUUUGUCGAUGGUGUUCGCCGGUGUGCCCGAAGAGCAGUCGACGGUUGACACCAUUUCUAGUGCUCUGGAGGCUUCCAUUAAAGACCUGGGAUUAGUGCAUAAUAAGGAUCAGGUUCAGAAAUGUAUGGAGCUUUAUGAACAGCUUCAGCAACGAAUGGGCGUCGUCAUCGUUGGCCCACCGGGUUCUGGGAAAUCAACUAUUAGGCGUUUGUUGAAAUCUGCGCUGACGCAUCAAGGUAAGAGCGUGGUUGAGUACGUGAUCUACCCCAAGGCGAUGAGCAGGAACUGCCUGCUGGGCCACAUAGAGCCCGACACUCGACAAUGGACCGACGGUGUCGUAUCCACCGUCGCCCUGGAAGUCUCCAAUCAGCCAGCCGGCGUGCUCUCGUGGGUGGUGUUCGACGGCGACAUUGAGCCGGGAUGGGUGGAGGCGCUGAACUCCGUUCUGGACGACAACCGGCUGCUCACGUUGCCGUCGGGCGGGCGCGUGCACUUCGGCCCCGGGGUCAACUUCCUCUUCGAGACGCACGCCCUGGGCCACGCCUCGCCCGCCACCGUCUCGCGCCUGGCGGUCAUACUGCUCGGCGAGGAGCAGAAUUGUGCGGACGAGGUGCUGGAGUCUUGGAUGCGGAAGGCUGACCCUGAGCGGGAGUUGGGCAAGAUGGCUUUGCCUUUACUACGCACGGCAGUCGGGAAGUGUGUCAGCUGGUUGGCCAAGCACAGGUCCGACCUGGCGAUAAAGUUGUAUGCCGUCACAGCGGUCAAACAAAUUCUAACCCAAUUCGAAUACUUAAUCGAUAACUCCGUCGUAAGCGCUGCUCACAUGACUCCUGAAGAGUUAGUUUAUUUGGCCGUUCAGAGGAGCAUAUUGAGCGUUAUUAAGGACAGCGGUCUUGAUAGCUUCCAUUCCGAGUUUAGCAGUUGCUCAGCUAUCGGAUUGGAGUCAUAUCACCUCGUCUCCCCCUCCGCAAACCGAUUCCAAAGUAAUGAUUUCAACCAGCUGGAGAGCAACGUAAAUUCGGCCUUGCUGGGCCCGCCGCCCAGCGCGAGCCCAACCCUGGGCGAGUGGGCCUCGGACUCGCUGUACGUGUCCACGCGGCUGGCGGAGUGCGAGCCCACUGUGCGCGCUGCCGUAAUGACGGACGACUCGCACCUCCUCCUCGUCGGGCCACACGCCUGCGCCAAGAAUAUCAUAGCGGAGCACGUCCUAAAGGAGUCUAAUGCGACGGUCAUAACAAUAGACUGCACGCCAAUCAUGGAACCUGAGGAUAUCAUCGCUGAAUUGAAAAGGAGCAACGCUGUGCGUUCGGGCGGCGACGGUCGUUUCGGCGAGCGUGGCCGCGUGACCCUACUAGUGCGCAGCCUGCACCGCGCUCGCCGCGACGCUUGGGGCUCGUGCCCUCUCUACGCCUUCCUCCUGCAGGUCAUUAUUCACGUAAUAGUCGUAAUUAUAUGCGUUCUGAAUAUA